AUGUUGCUGAGACCGUUCAAUCUUCCAGCAGCAUUUACUGACAAACAUUUACAAGCUAUUGUUGAACAGGGCGCUCGAAGCAAAACAAGCUCCUCCAGCGCGAACAACAAUACGGAGCCACCUAAAUUGACGGGUGCACCUGAAAGACCCACUCAAAACGGAAUGUUUAUUACGACUUCCAGCAAACUUUAUGAUGACAGUGAUGAAGAUGAAGAAAUGGGUCUCAAUGCCCCACAAGGUUUUGGUAUGGACAAUAUGGACAUUGGGGGUUUUGAUAAUUUUGGAGAUACUGGAUUUGGAACAAAUAACACAACAGAAGCUUCUCAGCAGCAACCAUCUGCAGAUGCUACUGCCAUGACAACAAUUACAGACUUGGGUAACAACCAAACUAACAUAACAAUGGCCACCUCAUCUAUGGAGCCUCCUUCGUCGAUUGAACCUCAACAAGACACUGUACUGAAUGAUUCACACAACUCCUCAAUGACAAUGGAAGAUAUUCAACUUAAACCUCAAGAAUUGAACAAUCCAAAUGAAGUGACAAUGGUUGCUGGAGCUCAAUUAAUUGAAGCUCCAAAAUUAGUGGAAAAGCUCAAUAUCAAGUAUGCCACCAGGGCCAAGCAAGUCGAUGUGAGGGCUUUGAAAGAUCAUCUCUGGACAGAAAUCGAAACAGCACCCAAAACAGAUAUUAACUUCUCGGAUGUUGUCUCAUCUCUAAACACGUCCAAGCCAAAGGCAAACGAGAAAAAAACCAGACUUUUCAGAAGUGUCUGUUCCAUUUUGCUUCAUUUGCAUGCUCCAUCUUUGUAA